UCUGUCGAUGAUGGCCACUGCGGCUUCUUCCACCACGACGGCGGCGGCGGCGGCGUUACAGUGCGACCAAUCGGACUUGGGCAGCCUGGUCGACGCGCUCUGCACCUCGGGCCGCUCCGCUGAGGCCCAUCGCCGCGUCUCCCUGCUUUUCUUCUCCUCCUCCGCGCCGUCCCGCCACCUCGAUGGCCGCGCCGCCAACAGCCUGCUCCGCCGCCUCCUCCGUGCCCGUACGCCGCUGCUCACGCUCCGCCUCCUCCAGGCCGCGCCACCCGGCGCGUUCGUCCCUUCCCUCCCCAACUACAACCGCCUCCUCGUCGCCCUCUGCAGCAGCUCCUCGGCCCCGCUCGUCCUAGUCCUCCUCGCCCACCGCCUCCUCCUCCGCAUGCGCGCGACCCCGGAUGCGGCAUCCUACGCCGCGCUCCUCGGCGGCUACGGACGCGUCCCCGACCCAUGCGCCGUCCAGAAGCUGCUCGAUGAAAUGCCGCACCGCGGGGUUGCUCCCAGCUCACUCGCGCGCACUUACCUCGUCAAGGCCUUGCUCCGCAGUCGUGACGUCGACGGGGCCAUGGACCUUGUCGACAACCAUCUCUGGCCUAGCGUGGUGCGCAGCAACGGAGAAGACCAGGAACUGAAGAAUGCCGCGUUCGCCAACCUCGUGCAAUGCCUAUGCAGCGAGGGGUUCUUCCACAUCGUCUUCCGAAUAGCAGAAGAGAUGCCGCAGCAACGUUGUGGCGUCGCUGACGAGUUUGCCUACGCCCAAAUGAUUGAUUCGCUUUGCCGGUCUGGGCAGCACCAUGGUGCAUCCAGGAUAGUGUACAUCAUGGGAAAGAGGGGUAUGCACCCAAGCACUGUCUCCUACAAUUGCAUUGUUCAUGGUCUGUGCACUAGUCAGAAGCCCGGGGGACGCUUGAGGGCGCACCAGCUGGUGCUAGAAGGUGUGCGCUUCGGGUAUCGCCCGAGGGAGGUGACAUACAAGGUACUAGUCAAUGAGCUCUGCCGGGAGAAUGAACUCACAAAGGCCAAGGAUGUCAUGGAACUGAUGCUGCAACCCCAGUAUGGCCAUGACAAGGCUGCUGGUCCUGAUGAUGAGACCAGGACUAGGAUAUACAAUAUGUUCCUUGGAGCACUCCGUGCUGUGGACAACCCAAGUGAGCAGCUUGAUGUCCUAGUGUCCAUGCUGCAGGAGGGAUGCAAGCCAGAUCUGAUCACCAUGAACACUGUUAUCCAUGGAUUCUGCAAAGUUGGAAGGGCCCAGGAAGCCCGGAAGAUUUUUGACGACAUGCAGAAUGGGAAAUUCUGCGCUCCAGAUGUUGUCACAUUCACAACCCUCAUAUCCGGAUACCUAGGUGUAGGUGAGUUUGCAGAAGCCCUUCAUGUGCUGCAAGCUCUGAUGCCUAAGUGGCAGUGCUUUCCUAAUGUUGUCACUUACAAUUGUGUCCUGAAGGGACUGCUCGCCCUUGGGCAGGUUGACAGAGCAAUCCAGGUCUUUGAGGAAAUGAAGUCCAGUAGUGUCGUUCCUGACUCCGUGACUCACGCAGUAGUGAUCAAAGGGUUGUGUGAUGCAGGAGAGCUUGAAAAGGCCAAGUCAUUUUGGGACAAUGUUAUUUGGCCAUCUGGAAUGCAUGAUGAUUAUGUGUACACUGCAAUCUUCAGAGGCCUCAGUAAACUGGGGAAACUCGAACAGGCAUGUGAUUUCUUGUAUGAAUUGGUAGACUGUGGGGUUGAACCCAGUGUCGUGUGCUACAACAUACUUGUUGAUGCUGCCUGCAAGCAGGGACUGAAGAAGCUGGCAUAUCAGUUAGUGAAGGAGAUGAGAAGGAAUGACCUGUCACCCGAUGCUGUUACCUGGAGAAUUAUUGACAGAUUGCAUCUCUGUAGCAAUGAGAAACAGGAUGGUGAGCUCCAGAUGUAUACUAAUGAUGUAGAUCCCAAUUCUGUGGAUGACAUCGUAGAUACUCCAAUUUCAAAUGGAGAUGAGGAGCACGCGCUAUCAUCACCAUCUGAAGCAUCUAAAACUGGGCAGGUAAUGCACAAGAAUAGCAACCAAGGUAAGAUUGAAGUGGUUGACUACUCACCAUGUGUUAGUGAGGAUCCAACAAAUCUUAUCAAACCAGCCAAAGAAGAAGCAUGUCUGGUGAAUAAUUCAACGAGUGGAACCACAAUGAACAAUAGUGGUAUGACUAGGAAGGAAGGCCUUAUGAAGGCAGAUAAGCAACCUUUGAAAAGAGAAUCACUGUCUAGAGUGGCCAGAAAGGUGUUUGGGCUGGCAUAAAAACAAUUGCUAUUGAUUUGCUUGCUUUUGCUGUGGGUAUUAGUUAGGAGACAGCAUCAUAUGAAAACUGAAGUGCUUCAUAGUUAGAUUGUGAAUUGAUACUUGUUCUGUAAAUUAUUUAGUGCUUCUUAUAGCAAAUGUAACUGCUCAAAUACUAGUAAGGUCGCCAGCUGAUCCAUUGCUUACAUUUAGUUUGCAAAGUGUCAAUGAAGUAUGAUAGGCCUAAGAUGAAUUAAAUGUUAGUCGAUUUGAGUUUAGAAUCUUUGACGUAGAAAAUAUACUAUGGUGCUGAUGCGAUUAGUCCAUGUGUCCAUGCCUUACAUUUCAUAGCUUAUCUGUUA